AUGGGAAAGGAAAAGCUUCACAUUAACGUCGUUGUCAUCGGACACGUCGACUCCGGAAAGUCCACCACUACCGGUCACUUGAUCUACAAGUGCGGUGGUAUUGACAAGCGUACCAUCGAGAAGUUCGAGAAGGAAGCCGCUGAGCUCGGAAAGGGUUCUUUCAAGUAUGCCUGGGUUUUGGACAAAUUGAAGGCCGAGCGUGAGCGUGGUAUCACCAUCGAUAUCGCUCUCUGGAAGUUCGAGACCCCCAAGUACUAUGUCACUGUCAUUGAUGCCCCUGGUCAUCGUGAUUUCAUCAAGAACAUGAUCACUGGUACUUCCCAGGCUGAUUGUGCCGUUCUCAUCAUUGCCGCUGGUACUGGUGAGUUCGAGGCUGGUAUCUCCAAGGAUGGUCAGACCCGUGAGCACGCUCUUCUCGCCUACACCCUUGGUGUUAAGCAGCUCAUUGUUGCCAUCAACAAGAUGGACACUACCAAGUGGUCUGAGGAUCGUUUCAAGGAAAUUGUCAAGGAAACAUCCAACUUUAUCAAGAAGGUUGGAUACAACCCCAAGACUGUUGCCUUCGUUCCUAUCUCUGGAUUCAACGGUGACAACAUGAUUGACUCCUCCUCCAACUGCCCCUGGUACAAGGGAUGGGAGAAGGAGACCAAGGCUGGAAAGUCUUCUGGAAAGACCCUCCUUGACGCCAUUGACUCUAUUGAGCCCCCAACCCGUCCUACCGAGAAGCCUCUCCGUCUUCCUCUCCAGGAUGUCUACAAGAUCGGUGGUAUCGGAACAGUUCCCGUCGGUCGUGUUGAGACUGGUGUCAUCAAGCCCGGUAUGGUCGUUACUUUCGCCCCCGCUGGUGUGACCACUGAAGUCAAGUCCGUCGAGAUGCACCACGAGCAGCUUACUGAGGGUCUCCCCGGUGACAACGUUGGUUUCAACGUCAAGAACGUCUCCGUCAAGGAGAUUCGUCGUGGUAAUGUUGCUGGUGACUCCAAGAACGACCCUCCCAAGGGUGCCGAGUCCUUCAACGCCCAGGUCAUCUUGAUGAACCACCCUGGUCAGGUUGGAAACGGUUACGCCCCAGUUCUCGACUGCCACACCGCCCACAUUGCCUGCAAGUUCGCUGAGCUCCUCGAGAAGAUUGACCGUCGUACCGGAAAGUCCACUGAGACCUCCCCCAAGUUCAUCAAGAGUGGUGACGCCGCCAUCGUCAAGAUGGUUCCCUCCAAGCCCAUGUGUGUUGAGGCUUUCACUGAGUACCCUCCUCUCGGUCGUUUCGCCGUCCGUGACAUGAGACAGACCGUCGCCGUCGGUGUCAUCAAGUCCGUUAUCAAGGCUGACAAGGCCGGAAAGGUUACCAAGGCCGCCGUCAAGGCCGGUGCCAAGAAAUAA